AUGACCGACGUCUUGGACGCCGAGAAGGUCGAGAACCGGCUGAGGCAUGGCCGCGACGCCCAGCCCACCGACGCCCCGACGCUGCCACCCCCGAGCGCCAUCCGCGCCGCCGAAUCGUCCCUCGCAGCUCGCGCACGCUCCCACGGACGCCUCGGCGGCACCGCUGACGCAGACGUCGUCGGCCACAUCGUCGACGACAUCGUCCCCGCCCUCACCGGCCAAGCCGCGUCCAGCCGCUACUACGGCUUCGUCACCGGCGGCGUCCUGCCCAUUGCCGAAUGGGCCGACAACGUCGUCUCGCGCCUGGACCAGAAUGUCCAGGUCCACCUGCCCGCGCAGUGCGUCGCCACGGCCGUCGAGCAUGCCGCGCUCAACAUGCUGGCCGGCCUGCUGCGUCUCGACGGGGCCGGCGACGACGACCAAGGGGAGGUGUGGCAGGGGAAGACGUUGACCACAGGCGCCACGGCGAGCAACAUCCUAGGGCUCGCGUGCGGCAGGGAGGCGAUCCUGCGCAAGAGGCUCGGCGGCGGCUCCGACAACUGCAUCCAGGUCCUCACGAGCGCGGGCCACAGCUCCGUCUCCAAGGCGGCCAGCGUCGUGGGCAUAGGACGCCGGCACGUCAAGGAGCUGGCCCGAAGCUCGGCGCAGCCGUGGAGGCUGGACCUCGACGCCGUGGAACGCGAGUUGCAGAGACCCGGCGUUGUGAGCAUCGUGGCUGUCGGCGUCGGCGAUGUCAACACGGGAGGCUUUGCUCUGGAUGGCGUCGACGAGUGGCGGAGGCUCAGGGCGCUCGCAGACGAGUACGGGGCAUGGGUCCAUGUGGAUGGAGCGUUUGGCAUCUUUGCCCGCGUUCUGGGUUCAAACGAGGAACAUGCGUCCCUGAAAAGGCAAGCCCAAGGCAUCGAGCUUGCAGACAGCAUCACGGUGGACGGACACAAGAUACUCAACGUGCCAUACGACUGCGGAAUGUUCUUCACUCAUUCUGCCUCGACGCUUCAGUCCGUGUUUCUCAACCCCAAUGCCGCCUACCUCUCAUCCGGCUCGGCAGCAGGCAUCCCCUCUCCGCUUAACAUUGGCCUGGAAAACUCGCGUCGUUUCCGCGCCCUCCCCGUAUAUGCCGCCCUUCUCAGCGAGGGCUCUGCAGGCUUCGAGCGCCUCGUCUCCAACAUGGUCCAGCUUGCCCGUCGCUUGGCCGCUUUCCUGCGUGACUCGCCAGACUAUGAGCUGCUGCCGGAUGAGAGCGCUGGUCUCGAUCGCACAUUCAUCAUCGUGCUGUUCAGGGCCAAGGAUCGGGCGUUGAACGAGGUGCUGACGGACAAGAUCAACCAGACGAGGCAGAUGUACGUGAGCGGUACGGUCUGGAGGGGCAGCAAGGCAGUUCGGAUCGCCGUGUCGAAUUGGAGGGUGGACGUAAGCCGGGAUUUUGAUGUGGUGACUGCCAUUCUAAAGGCUGUGGCUGCGGGAGAGGAGUUUGAUCUGGGUAGAGUUGGAGCGUAG